GUGUGAAAUAAUACUUACUUUUCUUUCGUUCGUAUAGUAGAAAAAAAGUAAUAGUAAUAAGUAAUUCACAGAUCAAUAUGACCGAGCCAUUUGAUGAAACGCAGAUGAAUUUUAUUUCUUUAAACGAUGUAAGACGGUAAUCGCGUAGAAGAACUUGGAAGUUGUUUUUGUUAGCAACAAAAUUUAAACGUACGCUAUGUAUAUAUGAAGAACGAUAUCGUCAACAGCUACGGCCUUAAUGUGACUUCGAUGUUAUUUCUAAAAUCGUGGAUUAUCUGCACCGUCAAGGAAUAAAAAUUUUCGCAAUAAAAGCUUUUGUUUGCUAGGGGUAUUAUACCGUUCACCAAAUUUAUUACGCAAAUACACACAAGCAAAAGGAAGAAAAUGUUUAGAUAUCUUUCAUUAGCAGUUUUAAUAAUCGUUUUAAGUUACGACUUAACCGAAGCGUACUCAGCUUUGGAGGAUGAGCGUAUCAUAAACGCAUAUAAAUAUCAGCAAUUAAUGUUGGAAAGACAACCGGAUUUAAAUCAUGCGAAGAUAGCGCGUACUUUAGUUAAUCACGCGAAUUGGGCUGCGGUAGGAACGAUUUCCACUAAUCGCUUAGUUACGGGCUAUCCUAUGGUUAAUGUCAUCUCAAUCGAUGAUAAUGACUCCAAAGGCGUGUCAACGGGGAAAAUACAUUUUAUGUUAACCGAUUUGGAUUUUACCGGCCCCGACUGGAGAUAUAAUAAUAAGGCAACAUUUUUAUUCAGCAAUGAUCAACGCUUGGAUUGCGAAAAUCAUAAACAAGAUCCAAUGGAGCCAACAUGUGCUCGCGUUAUAAUAAGUGGUCAAGUUAAGCAGAUGGGUAAAAGUGACCAAAAUUAUGACGACGCUUUAGUAGCUUUCGUGCAACGUCAUCCAGCUGCUAAAAAUUGGAUAAAAGCUCACACCUUUUACUUAUGCGAACUGGAUAUCAAAAAUAUUUUUGUUUUGGAUUAUUACGGUGGGCCGCAUAACGUUACUGCCGAUGAUUAUUACAACAUAAUGUUAUAAAGAGCAUCAAUUAUUAAAAAAGAUUUAGUCUAUUUUAAAAUAAUUGUUUUAAGGGAAAGAGUUUUCGCUGAUUCAAUUUUU